AUGGAUCCUUACAAGUAUCGUCCGUCAACCGCCUUCGAUUCUCCUUUCUGGACCACAAAUUCUGGUGCUCCUGUUUGGAACAAUAACUCGUCACUAACUGUCGGAACUAGAGGUCCAAUUCUGCUUGAGGAUUAUCAUUUGGUUGAAAAACUUGCCAAUUUUGACAGGGAACGGAUCCCAGAACGUGUUGUUCAUGCAAGGGGGGCUAGUGCUAAGGGAUUUUUUGAGGUUACACAUGAUAUUUCACACCUCACAUGUGCAGAUUUUCUUCGGGCCCCUGGAGUUCAGACCCCAGUCAUUGUUCGUUUCUCCACUGUUAUUCAUGAGCGUGGCAGCCCUGAAACUCUGAGGGACCCUCGAGGUUUUGCGGUGAAAUUCUAUACAAGAGAGGGUAAUUUCGAUCUAGUAGGAAACAAUUUCCCAGUGUUCUUCAUUCGUGAUGGAAUGAAGUUCCCAGACAUGGUCCACGCUCUCAAGCCCAAUCCUAAGUCUCACAUCCAGGAAAACUGGAGGAUUCUUGAUUUCUUCUCCCACCACCCAGAAAGUUUGCACAUGUUCACUUUCCUCUUUGAUGAUGUUGGUAUCCCUCAGGAUUACAGGCACAUGGAUGGCUCUGGUGUCAACACCUAUACCCUCAUUAACAAGGCUGGGAAAGCACAUUAUGUGAAGUUCCACUGGAAGCCCACUUGUGGGGUCAAGUGUUUGUUGGAUGAUGAGGCUGUGUUGGUUGGAGGAGCCAAUCAUAGCCAUGCAACCAAAGACCUUUAUGAUUCAAUCCAGGCCGGGAACUAUCCUGAGUGGAAACUCUUUAUCCAGACGAUAGAUCCUGAUCAUGAGGACAUGUAUGACUUUGACCCUCUUGAUGUGACCAAGACCUGGCCAGAGGACAUUAUUCCCCUGCAACCAGUAGGUCGUUUGGUCUUGAACAAGAACAUUGAUAACUUCUUUGCAGAGAAUGAGCAGCUCGCCUUCUGCCCUGGCAUUGUGGUCCCAGGUGUCUACUAUUCAGAUGAUAAGUUACUCCAAACUCGGAUAUUCUCCUACUCUGAUACUCAGAGGCAUCGUCUUGGGCCAAAUUAUCUGUUGCUUCCAGCAAAUGCUCCCAAGUGUGCUCACCAUAACAAUCACCACGAGGGAUUCAUGAACUUUUUGCACAGGGAAGAGGAGGUCAAUUACUUCCCUUCAAGGUAUGAUCCUGUUCGCCAUGCAGAGAGGUACCCCAUCCCACCACAAAUAUGCACUGGGAAGCGUGAGAAGUGUGUUAUUGAGAAGGAAAAUAACUUCAAGCAGCCUGGAGAGAGAUACAGAUCCUGGGCCCCAGACAGGCAAGAACGAUUUAUUAAAAGAUGGAUUGAUGCUCUAUCUGACCCAAGGGUUACACAUGAGAUCCGUAGCAUCUGGAUUUCAUACUGGUCUCAGGCUGACAAGUCUUUGGGUCAGAAGCUUGCAUCUCGUCUCAACGUGAGGCCAAGCAUGUGAAGAACGUGUUGCAGAAAUUGGAUGCUUUAGGGUUGCUUAGAGGGAAAAAUGAGUAAAUGUAGAGAAGGGCGUCAAUGGAAGUCUGAUGUUGAUCAUUUAAUUAAUGUGCUAUUAUAUAUACAAGGGAAACAUCACCAGUCCUGUGAUUCUACAUAAUUGAGAUACUGCUCUUGUGAUAAA